UUUAUCUACUCAAUCACAAACAAUUCCUAGUGCAGGAAUAACACCAAUAUUAAAACAUGGACCUGAAGAACUAUCAAUUUUAAACGAAUCACCUAAUCAUCAAUUCAUCAAUUAUACACAAAUUUCACCAACAUCUACCAGGCCACCACCACAAAAACGUAAAUCAAAAGGUGCACUUGAUUUUAUACUCAACACAUCAUUUUCAUCAUCAGAAACAAACCAAAAAAGAUCGAGACUUGACGAUGAGAAUGAUGAAUAA